AGAGGCCGGAGCCACUGACCUGCUCCUCCCAGCGUACGGCCUCCAACCAGGAUACUGCUUCCUAAAAUGAGGCUCUGGGGACUUCUGCCAUUCCUGGGCCCCUUCAUCUUCCUGUGGGGCAUCUGGGAACCUGAGCUGGCAGAGGGGUUCUUUGUCAGAUCGUGCCCAAGAGUAAGAGUAAAAUGUGAAGUCGAAGAAAGAAACGAAUGCACAAGGCACAGACACUGUCCAGACAACAAGAGGUGCUGCAUGUUCAGCUGUGGGAAGAAAUGCUUAGACCUCAGACAAGACGUAUGCAAUCUGCCACAGGAUUCUGGCCCCUGCUUGGCUUACCUUCCACGCUGGUGGUAUAAUAAAGAAACUGAGACCUGUACUGAAUUCAUCUAUGGUGGUUGCCAAGGGAACCCUAACAACUUCCAAACUGAAGGUAUCUGCACAGUUGUCUGCAAAAAGAAACGCACGUCUUCCUGGAUGAGAUAAGACCGAGCUGGAAGAGAGGCUCCAGGUCUUGGCUCCUAAACUGAGGCUUCCUUCCAUGAGCCCAACAGAUGCUCUGGAUUGGCUGACACCAGCCAUUUCGUAGCCACUAGGACUUUGGCUGUUCUCACAACAGAACCCUAGAAUUUGCUUAUUCCUUUUCCAUCACCCCAGCUUCACUUUAGACGUAAUUCCCUUCAACUUUGACCCCUUCUCAGUGUAAGACCCCAUCACCUCAACUUACAGGGCUCUUUUAUUCCUGUGAAGACUCUAGUUCUUCCUAAUAAAGGAUCCUGUGAGUUCUGA